AUGGAUUUGAGGAAACACCUCUCCUUCCUUUUCCUCCUAGUGUACCUAAAAUGUUUCAUAUGCCACAUUUGCUUUAGUCCCGGGGUGGAAAAUACCAACAGGAGCUGCUACAUACCAAGCGCAUUUAAAAAGAGGCAGUACAAGCAAAUGUCUAGUCAAACCUGUGGGAAGGGAAAAGAUACAAAAUUUCAACUAAGUCUGAUUUUUAGAAAGCAAAAAGAUCAAUCCAUGAUAAGAAGCAUUCCUAGCCAUGUGCGAAAGAGAAAGAAGAAGAAAAAAAAAAAAAAAAGGCAGACGCUGAUGGCGAUGCUGAUGCAAAGGGCCAAAAGGGGGGAAAAAAAAAAGUAA